CACGCGCGGUCGCGUCAGACUUUUCGAUUCCCCUAUACCUGAAUUUGGGAAAAAGGCAGACUCGGCUGUUACCAUUUUCAGAAUUCACUUCAGCGCUAUGUGACCGCGCUGCUGUAGGAUUGCACUCAAAUGAAUAGUCGCAAAUCUUCAAUAUCCGUUGGCAGUGGACUUGCCAGAGUAGGUUUACUAGUUAUUUUCACAAUUGCUUUCAUUUGUAUGGUUUACUUCACUCACGGUCAGUUUUACACACCAAAAAAAAUCAUGCAGACCACCAAGUUCUGCUCUAUCUUUAGUCAUAUACAA